AUGACUCUCUCCUCUCUUCUCCGCACGGGGUCCCGCUUCAGCCAAAUCGCGGUUCUCAGGUCCAGAACAUCGUCACGACGUGCUUCGACAGUUGCUACCACAGAGAAUUCUGCCAUCUUAUCUUCAAUAUUAAUUGCCAACCGCGGCGAAAUUGCUUUACGAGUUGGCCGAACAGCAACUCAACACGGUAUCAAGGUCACGACACUCUACACAAACCCCGAUAGCAAAGCACAGCACGCUUUGAGUAGUCCCUAUGCGUUCAAUCUUGGUGAAACAGCUGCCUAUCUGGACGGGGACCGGAUAAUAGAAAUCGCUAAACGCGAAGGUUGCCAGGGGAUUCAUCCGGGUUAUGGAUUUUUAAGUGAGAACUCAGAGUUUGCGCAGAAAUGCGCCAAUGCGGGAUUGGUCUUUAUUGGACCGCCGUGGAAGGCUAUUGAAGAUAUGGGCGACAAAAGCCGAUCUAAAAAAAUAAUGACCGCUGCUGGAGUUCCUUGCGUCCCCGGGUACCACGGCACCAAUCAAGACCCCCUAUUUCUAGAAUCCGAGGCAGACAAGAUGCAAUACCCCGUCCUAAUCAAAGCGGUCAAAGGAGGCGGCGGAAAAGGCAUGCGGAUCGUUAGAUCCAAGACUGAAUUUCAAGAUCAACUACGAUCUGCCAAGAUGGAGGCGUUAAAUUCCUUUGGGAAUGAUCACAUGCUGGUGGAGAAGUAUAUCACUACCCCACGACAUAUUGAAGUACAGGUGUUUGCGGAUAAGCAUGGGAACUGUGUGGCGCUCGGGGAGCGGGAUUGUAGUAUUCAAAGACGACAUCAGAAGAUUUUGGAGGAGUCGCCCGCUCCGCAUCUUCCGGAUAGUGUGAGGAAGGAUCUCUGGGAGAAAGCUAGGGCUGCUGCGUUGGCGGUUGGAUACGAAGGUGCAGGCACGGUUGAGUUUAUCUUUGAUAAUGAUACGGGGAAUUUCUACUUUAUGGAGAUGAAUACUCGCCUUCAAGUUGAGCAUCCAGUGACAGAAAUGGUGACGGGACAAGACUUGGUGCAUUGGCAGAUCUUGGUCGCUGAGGGGGCACCUCUUCCUCUGACGCAGGACGAGAUUGAAGCUAACAUUGCCGUCCGCGGACAUGCCAUUGAAGCUCGAAUCUACGCCGAAAAUCCCGAUCAAGGGUUUAUACCGGACUCUGGUCGACUACUCCAUGUUCGACUGCCUACAGAGACGGAGGACGUCCGAAUCGACGCGGGUUUUGUCGCGGGCGACGAAGUAUCCGCGCAUUACGAUCCGAUGAUUUCGAAACUGAUUGUCCGGGGAGCUAAUCGCGCGGAAGCUCUGCGCACUCUUUCCAAGGCGUUGGAAGAAUAUGAAAUCGCGGGACCGAUUACGAACAUUGAGUUCUUGAAAGCGGUUUGCAAGAGCGCAGAUUUUGUGUCUGGUGCGGUUGAGACGGGGUAUAUCGAGAAACAUCGUGAGGAAUUGUUUAUCAAGGAAUCGGCGUCGGACGAGGUUCUAGCGCAGGUCGCUCUAGCGGUGUUCAUGACGUCAUCCGGCCUAAGAGGAUCGCAGCUCGGAUUCAGUCCCGGCUUCCAACAACGUCAAUUCAGCUUUACAGAGGCUACAGGUACCGCACCUGCGCACGAAGUUCAGGUCCGACAGCUCAGCGGCGACAGUUUCGAAGUAACCGUCAACGGACGAACCUUCUCGAAUGUAACGAGUCAUGUCAAGUCUCCUGAGAUUACGUCGUUUUUCCCCCACACACGACUCGACACCAGAGUAAUCCAGGACGAGGACACGAUCAUCGCCUUUCAACGUGGGCAACAAUACCGCUUUUUUGCGUCUCGCGGCAAAUGGAUGGAGAAAGCUCUGGGCAUCAAGGACGUCGCGAACAGCGUCUUGGCACCAAUGCCGUGCAAGAUCCUCAGCGUGGAGGUCAGUGAGGGCCAGGCGGUGGAGAAGGAUCAGCCGCUGGUGGUGAUUGAGAGUAUGAAGAUGGAGACGGUUAUCCGCAGUCCGCAUAACGGGACGAUUGCGAGGAUUGUGCACCGACGAGGGGACCAAUGCAAGAGUGGAACGCCACUGGUUGAGUUUGUCGGCGACGAUUGAUCUGUUAAUCAUACGAUUGUAUACUACGUAGUAUACGUAUGAGACUUGUUCGUGGGGUUCUUAGGUACAGUCCGGAAAAAGAAAAUACGGUCAUCUGACAGACGGAACAGCAUGCAUCAGAGUAUGCGGAAGAAUUGCCAGAGUUAAGUCACGAAGGGGUUAUCCAGAGCUUGUUCCAGACUACAAUUUCGGCCAGCUUAGUAGAAAGAUGUAUCUGUGACUCAGGCGAUACAUGUACAACAGAGUAAAGCGGUGUGUGCAAUAGAUUUACAUACCUGUAUCUCUCAAUAGAUCCAAUUAGGCCAACAGUACCUCCACGCUCCCCAUCGCAUAGU